AUGCUGGCUUUCCUUGGUGCAAUUAUUUGCAUCAUCGCGAGCGUCUACCCUGCGGCCAACAACCGUGGAGCUCUCCAAGGUACUGACAAUGGCUCCAACGCCGCGGCUGCAGCGCUGUUGCCGGCCUCUGCCUCGGACAAGACGCUGGGAGCUCUUCAUGGUGCUGGAGAAAGCACCUACGGGGGCUUCUCGGCAGGCCCCCAGGACUCUCUGCUUGACCUGCUGGCCAGCGCCCGGCCCCAGCAGCACCAGCAGCUCUUCAGCCGUUUCCUGUGCACCCCGCUGACUGUAGAGUGCCCGUCUGACGGAAGCCCGCAGGGGGACAGCCCUGGGGCUGCAGCCAGCGAAGAGCUGUUCUUCCUCCAAAGCACGGCCGAGCAGCUAAGGCAGACGGCGCAGCAACAGGAAGACCAGAUCCUCAUUGACCAGGAGACCAUCCGCGAGCUGACCACCAAGCUGAGCCAGUGCGAGAAUGGGCUGGAACUUAGUUACCAGGAUAGUUCCUCGGUCUGGGGCAUCCCCAGGCAAGACACCAUGGGCGAUCUGCCCUUGGACUCGCCUGCCAUGUUCCAAGAAUUGGAGGAUGCUGUCAGAUCGCUGAAAGACAGAAUCGACAAGAUAGAGCAGGAUGUCCCAGCUCGAAUGAAUGCUACUCCUGCUCCUGUGCCAGCCCAAGAAACAAUCCAUCACAAGAUGGAGGAACUGGAGGAGCAGAUCCUCUCCAAGAUUUUAGCUCUGGAGAAAGAACGUUCAUCUGUCACCAGUAACCAUGACCUACAGCAGCAAGAUGUGGAGAAGGAGCUGGACACCCUUCAAAACCGGGUCGCUGAGCUUGAACAUGAAACAACAGCCUUCAACCAUCCAGGAGCGUUCAAAGUUGCUAUACCCGUACGAAAUAACUACAUGUAUGCCCGGAUGAAGAAGAGCUUGCCUGAGCUUUAUGCUUUCACAGUCUGCAUGUGGCUGAAAGCCAAGGGUCCAGCAGGGGUGGGCACCCCUUUCUCCUACUCAGUACCUGGAGAAGCCAAUGAGCUUGUAUUGCUGGAGUGGGGAAAUAAUCCUAUGGAGCUGAUAAUUAAUGACAAGGUGGCUCAGCUGCCCAUGAGUCUAAAGGCUGGGACCUGGCACCACAUCUGCAUUACCUGGAUCACACGGGAUGGCAUAUGGUCAGCAUAUCAAGAUGGUGAGGAGCGUGGGGCCAGUGAUAACCUGGCAUCCUGGCAUCCAAUCAGACCUCACGGGGUGAUCAUCUUGGGCCAGGAACAGGAUGCAUUGGGUGGAAGAUUUGAUGCCACUCAGGCCUUCGUUGGUGAAAUUUCUCAGUUCAACCUGUGGAAUCACGUCCUGACACCAGCACAGAUCAUGGGCUUGGCCAACUGCACCAGCCACCUGCAAGGCAACAUCAUCCACUGGGACGAGAAACUGGUAGAGGUCCACGGAGGGGCAGCCAAAUGGAGCUUUGAAAUCUGUGAGGAGCGGAUGAAGGCAUGAGAGGACCUUGUCCAAAGGAAAAGGAGCAUGAAAGCUACUUCCCUUCUGUUAGCCUACGUAAGGAAUGAGGCAGCACAAGAUCCUUUUCUCCAAACAGAUACAUCUUGGGAUCUGGGGAGAUCUGCGUGUGUGAGUGUGUGCAUGUGUGCAAGGGACAAGGAAACCUUCUGAACUUAAAAGAAAAUUGUGACACUGUGUUUUUUCUUGUUUCAGUAAAACUCUUUCUGAUUCAUACUGUGAGUAGCAAGGCCCUCCACCAAGAA